AUGCCUAGAAAGUCUAAGAUAGAUGUAUGCCGUCUUUUAAAAAUCUUAAUAGAAAACAAAAACUCUAUUAUUGAUGAGAAAACACAAGAAAUAGCACCUCCAAGUCAUCCCUGUUGGAUAGAUAUUCAAAAAAAAAUUGAUUAUGCUAUUUCAGUAAAAUAUAUUUAUGCUAUUGUGAAAUUAGAUAGGUAUGAUAUUUUAAAUAAAUUAGGGUUGAAAACACCACAUAAUAUUAUUGAACCAGAACUAUCAGUUAAUUUUAAUACUGAACAAUACGACGACAUUGAUAGCAACAAAUAUUGCGAAACUACAGAGGAAGAUGAAAGCAUACUAACAUUUAAUAUCACAUUAUCAAAAGAAGAGUGGCGAAAAAUCUAUGAUCCUUCAUCAAGUGUAAGGUCUUACCAUAGAUCAGACAAUAAAAACAAUUAUAGAAAUUAUGAAACUUUAACACCUUAUAUUUGGACGCCAAUUAUAAACGAACAUUUUUUUGAACAAACCAGAUUAUCGUGUGCUUUGAUUUAUAAAUAUGCCAAAAUUUAUUUAAAUGGACAGGUUUUUCUUGAUAUUAUUGGCCAUUGUUCUAUUUGUAUGAGCAAUUUUAAAGGUGUUGUUAUCGAUAAACCUGAAUCUGAAUCACGUGUAGUUAUUAAUUGUUCAUAUAAUGGACAUUUUAAUUCAUGUAAAAGUGGAAGAAAACGAAGAAUAAUCGGGGAAAAACGAGAUUAUUUCUUGGAUAAGUUAAUAAAAGAAAACCAGUCUGCAGCCUAUGUUCAACGUGUUGAAGCCAAAGACAUAAUGCAUUAUGGAGAAGCUGAACCAAGCCAUUUGCCAUCAAAAAAUGCACUACGAGUUAUGAAAUAUAAGGCGAACAAAAGAAAUCGAAUACAUGAAGACCCAAUUACUGCUCUUUCGUUAUUAAAAGCAUCUUUACCUUAUAAUAACAUAAUUCGAGAUAUAGGCUAUGAUAGGUUUUUUGUUCACUAUUGGUCAUCCACAGAAAUUAAUUCUUAUCGUUUGUAUGCUAAGAACCAUAAAUUACCUACAAUAAGUAUUGAUGCUACAGGUGGAUUAGUGCAAAAACCAAUUUUAAUAUCUGGUCGUCAGACUUCAAACAUUUUUCUGUAUCAAAUUGGAGUUAGAGACACUAAAAAUAAGUGUCAGUUUUCUGUAGGACAUAUGUUGUCUGAACGUCAUGACAAUAACAGUAUUGCGUAUUGGUUGACCGAGUGGUUGAGAAAUGACAUUUCACCGCCAAAAGUUAUUGUCACUGACCAAUCAUUAGCAUUGAUGAUGGCUGCAGUCAAGACAUUUACUCAGUAUUCCAACCUUAAUAAAUACAUAAGCAUUUGUUCUUCAUUGAUUCAAAAAGAAAUAAAUAUAGAAGUUCCUAAUUGUAUGAUAAGAAAUGAUUUUAACCAUGUAAUGCAUUUAUUAAGUUCAUGGAUAGAAUUCAAAUCAGUUUCACGUCGGGUGAAAAAUUUUUAUUUAAGAGCAUUUGGUUUAAUAAUAGUGAACACUGACUUUGAAGAUAUAAAAAUAUUAUUAAAGUUAAUAUUUACAGUAUGCUUAAAUGAAACAGAAGGUGUAGAUAAUAAUGGUCAAUUGACAGAGUGUGAAAUGGCUAAGACAUACCUAAAACACCGUAUAGCGACACACACUACCGAUGUUGAAGACAUUAUUGAAGAAAUAAAAAAUAAAGAAGAAGACGAUGAUUUGAUGUACACAAACUUUCAUGAGAAAAUUACUAGUACAACAAUAUUUCAACAAAUAUUAGAUAUUUACGAGAGUUGUAUUACGAAUAGUAAUCAACAAAGUAAUUGUGGUGAUCAUGAUAAUUUACAAUUUAGUCCAGGAAUCGCGAAAAAAUUAUUAGACUUUUGUAAACUUCUUCCCUGUUGGUCUGCUGUGAUGGUCCCAAUAUUCAAUUUUGGAAAUCCAACAGAGACAAGUGCGACGUCUGAAAGCUUAUUUAAUGACCUAAAAUCGAAUGUAUUAAGACAUAAAACAUUGCCAUUACGUAUUGAUGAGUUCAUCACUAUCCACAUAAACUCAAUAAUUGGUUCAAUAAAUCUAAUUGGCGCGAAAAUGUAUCCUGAAAAAAAGGAAAUUGAGGAUGUUAAAAUAAAUACUAACGAUUUAUCUACACCAAAAAUAUUUGAAGAAACCGAGAGCAUUCAUGAGGAGGAGAAAAGUGAUGGUAACCAAACUGAGGUUGAAAAUUGGAGGGGCUUAGGACUAGACAAGUAUGAACAAAAUAAUAAAAAAAGUAAUUACUUGGACAAAGAUCCAAACAUUUUAUAUUGUAAUGAAAACUCUAAAACAAAAAGUCCAAUUAUAGGAUUAUUAAAAAAUGGAAAUUCAUCUCAUUUAAAGUCAAUUACCAUUGAAAAAAAUUGUUAUUUGUUUACAAACACUUGUGCUUUUGAUAGCGUAACACAAGUAAUGAUGACCGCAUUUUCCGAUAGUAUUGUUUAUGCCGAUUUUAUAAGUAAAAAUAAAAUGUAUGUAUUUUUUGAAAUGAUAUCAAAUAUGUUAAGAGAUGGCAUUAACGUACAAACAUACCGAAAAAGAGGUAUAUUAUGUAGAAAUAUUAUGCCCAAUAUCAAUCCAGUUAUUGAUGUGCCAGGAGGACUUAAGAAAAUCAACUGUGCGUGCACAAUCCAAUUUAUAAUUGAAAAGUUAUUUACAAAUUUUCCAUCUAUCAAAGAGACAACACUAUGCUCCGAGUGCACCUUCGAACUUAAUAGAAAUAGACCAUUUAUAACUGCUAAUUUACCAACUGAAACAUUGGAAUUUCUUUUAGAUACUAUAGAUGCUAUUGUUUCAAAUCCUUCAAGUACAAUUAAUAAUAUAUGUCGAUCUUGUUCCAAAGGACAAUUGAUGAAAAAUUACGAAUUAGGAGAACACAUUUUCAUCGAACCAGUGAUGAACACUGGUAAUAUUAAACCUGAUGAUACAAGUUUGAAUUUAUCAGUUGUAUUAAAUGAUAUUCCAAAAAUGAUCAAUAUACAGAGCAAAACUUUUAAUAUCAAAGGAAUAAUUGAGUACAUACCACCAGCGACAAAAAAUAUAAAUUCAAUUGGACAUUACAUUGCAUACACUUAUAGACACCAUACAGAUAAUUGGGAAAAAAAUGAUGAUUUGGGAAAUUCAAUACGGAGUGUACGGCAUAAUACUCGAGCAAAUCAUUGUCAAAUAUUAAUUUAUACAGUUUAA